AUGGCCUGGGGCAGCCAGUCCCAUCAGCCAGGGCCGGUUGAUAAGCAUACGUGGUUUUGGAAUCUCAUUCAGAAUGAUUUCAAGAAUGGGAAUAUUGAUUUAGAUGGUUGCAUUAGGCUUCUUGAAAAAAUGCAAAUAAAUUUUGACGAAGAUCAUUUAAAACAUAUUUUCAAGAAAACCAUUGACAAACACUCAGGAGAUAUAAUUAGCAUGGACGACUUCAGAGCAAUUUAUCGAGCUCUUGUACACAGACCUGAAUUUGAAGAACUAUUCAAGGCUUACUCAAUAGAUGGCAACAUUCUACCUGAUGGCCAGCUCCUGAAAUUUCUUGCAAAAGAACAAUUUCAAACUGAAGCUAAUGAAACAACUGUCUUAGAAAUUAUUCUGAAGUAUGAACCCAUUGAUGAAGUGAGGAAGAGAAGGCAGAUGUCAUUUGAAGGAUUUAUAAGGUACAUGAACUCAGACGAAUGUUCAAUAUUUAAAAACCAGCACAGGAGCGUCUAUCAAGACAUGACCCAGCCAUUGUGUGACUAUUUUAUUUCAUCUUCUCACAACACCUACUUGAUAGCUGACCAACUAAUGGGACCCAGUCAUUUAUGGGGAUAUACCAGUGCUCUCCUAAAAGGAUGUCGUUGCCUGGAGAUUGACUGCUGGGAUGGCCAAAACAACGAACCUAUUGUGUACCAUGGUCACACUUUAACAAGCAAAAUCCCAUUUCGUUCUGUAAUUCAUGUGAUUGACAAGUAUGCAUUUAUGUCAUCUGCCUAUCCAGUUGUACUGUCUUUGGAGAACCACUGCAGCCCUAAACAGCAGGAAGUGAUGGCAGUCUGCUUGAAAAGUAUUCUAGGUGACAAACUUCUUUCUUCACCACUUAAUGGUGAGGUAGAUAUGACACGACUGCCUUCUCCUGAGGCAUUAAAAUUCAAAGUUCUGAUAAAAAAUAAGAAAGUUGGAACACUUGAGCAAAGCAUGCUCAGGAUGGAGGAGGAGUAUGGUGGUGAGGCAGAGGAAGUGUCUGACUCUGACGUUCCCUCUGAUGAUGAUGACGCAGAAGUCGUGCCUCCUGGAGGACCCAGGACUCCUUCCAAAAGAAAAGCAGAUCGUAGAUCUUCACUUCAACCUCAAAAAAAAAGCAAGGUGCAGAAGAUAAAGAUUGCCCUUGCAUUGUCAGACCUUGUGGUUUAUACAAAAUCUCAGAAGUUUGUGGGCUUUGAGCAUUCCAUGCAGUUUCAGAAGUGCUGGGAAAAUAAUUCCAUUGGAGAGUCUCGAGCACGAAAACUUGCAAGAGUUUCAGCAAGCCAGUUUAUUGCACAUACUACAAGAUUUAUUACAAGAAUUUACCCCAAGGGAUCAAGAAUGAAAUCUUCAAAUUACAAUCCUCAAGAGUUCUGGAAUAUAGGGUGUCAAAUGGUGGCCCUAAACUUCCAAACACCGGGCCCAUUCAUGGAAUUGCAAGAUGGAAAAUUCCUGGACAAUGGUGGUUGUGGCUAUGUGCUGAAACCUGCAUUCCUGAGGGAUCGCAAUACCACAUUCACACCCCGAAAUGUGGGAGCACACAGCAAACCAAUGUCUCUGUCAAUAAGGCUGAUCAGUGGCCAUCAGUUACCACCCAGUGCCAUGUCAAAGACCAACAAAGCUGACCCCACGGUGCAGAUAGAAAUCUAUGGUGUGCCAGAGGAUCAAGCCAGAAAGAGAUCUAGUGUUAUAAAAAGCAAUGCUUUGUGUCCUAGAUGGAAUGAAACCUUCUCUUUCAACAUCCAAGUUCCAGAGCUGGCAAUGAUACGCUUCUGUGUGGAGGAUGAGGUGUCUCUGGUCAACAAGGACUUCCUUGGCCAAUACACUUUACCUGUGAUGAGCCUGAAUACAGGUUAUCGUAACAUUCCGCUGCUAUCCAAAGAUGGAACCAAGCUGGAAUCUGCAUCGCUGUUUGCUCAUGUUUGGUUCUAUUAG